AUGGUCAAGGUUCUUGCGGUUCUCUAUGACGGCGGCAAGCACGCCGAGGAGGUCCCCGAGCUUCUCGGAACCAUCCAGAACGAGCUUGGUAUCCGCAAGUGGUUGGAGGACCAGGGCCACACUCUCGUAACCACCUGCGACAAGGACGGUGAGAACUCUACUUUCGACAAGGAGCUUGAGGAUGCCGAGAUCAUCAUCACCACUCCCUUCCACCCCGGCUACCUCACUGCUGAGCGUCUCGCUCGUGCCAAGAAGCUCAAGCUUGCCGUCACUGCCGGUAUCGGUUCCGACCACGUCGACCUCAAUGUCGCCAACAAGACCAACGGCGGUAUCACCGUCGCCGAGGUCACCGGCUCCAACGUCGUCUCCGUCGCUGAGCACGUCAUCAUGACCAUGCUCGUCCUCGUCCGCAACUUCGUUCCCGCCCACGAGCAGAUCCAGGAGGGCCGCUGGGACGUCGCCGAGGCCGCCAAGAACGAGUACGAUCUCGAGGGCAAGGUCGUCGGUACCGUCGCCGUCGGCCGUAUCGGUGAGCGUGUCCUCCGUCGUCUCAAGGCCUUCGACUGCAAGGAGCUCCUCUACUACGACUACCAGCCCCUCUCUCCCGAGAAGGAGGCCGAGAUUGGCUGCCGCCGCGUCCUCGACCUCGAGGAGAUGCUCGCCCAGUGCGACGUUGUCACCAUCAACUGCCCCCUUCACGAGAAGACCCAGGGUCUCUUCAACAAGGAGCUCAUCUCCAAGAUGAAGAAGGGCUCGUGGCUCGUCAACACUGCCCGUGGCGCCAUCGUCGUCAAGGAGGACGUCGCCGAGGCCCUCAAGUCCGGCCACCUCCGCGGCUACGGCGGUGACGUCUGGUUCCCCCAGCCCGCCCCCGAGGACCACCCCCUCCGCUACGCCAAGAACCCCUUCGGCGGCGGCAACGCCAUGGUCCCCCACAUGUCCGGUACCUCGCUCGACGCCCAGAAGCGUUACGCCGAAGGCACCAAGGCCAUCAUCGAGAGCUACCUCUCUGGCAAGCACGACUACAGGCCUGAGGAUCUUAUCGUCUACAACGGUGACUAUGCCACCAAGUCUUACGGUGAGCGCGAGCGCGCCAAGGCUGCUGCUGCCAAGUCUGCUUAA